GUCGUGAGACAAGAAAUAGCCAAAGACGUUUGGCGCGGUUGGCGGAGAAGCUCCUGACAGCGGACGUAGACGGGCAGAGAUAUCUGAGCCACACUUGGUCUGUUUAAUAUCCUUCUCUUUCUGCGAGCACACCCCGGGACAUAAAGAGAGAGACUUUACCCCUCAGGAGAGACCCGGUCUGAUCUGUACUCAUCAACCGGUGGCCGUCUAUCGAAGCUUGCCCUGCGCAGGCGGACGGAAACAGCCUGAAUAUGCCUCCCAUCGAGAACGACUCCGGGAAGAAUGAAGUCAAAACUCGGAUUCAGAAGCUCAUCGACUCCAAUCGAGUCAUGGUUUUCAGCAAGAGCUUCUGCCCCUUUUGUCUUAAGGUGAAGGACCUGUUCAAAGAGCUGAAGGUGGAGUGUAAUGUGGUGGAGCUGGAUCUGAUAGACGAUGGACUCAACUACCAGCAGAUGCUGCUCGAGAUGACCGGACAGAAAACGGUUCCUAACGUCUUCGUCAACAAGACGCACCUCGGCGGCUGUGACAAAACAUUGCAGGCUCAUAAAGACGGGAGCCUGCAGCAGCUGCUGAGUGGAGACAAUGAAGCUUAUGACUAUGACUUGAUUGUCAUCGGAGGAGGAUCUGGAGGCCUCGCCUGCUCAAAGGAAGCUGCCAUGUUGGGGAAGAAAGUCAUGGUACUGGACUUUGUUGUCCCCACACCAAAGGGAACCAGCUGGGGUCUCGGUGGAACUUGUGUGAACGUGGGCUGCAUCCCCAAGAAGCUGAUGCACCAGACGGCCCUGCUGGGCACGGCCAUGCAGGACGCACGCAAGUUCGGCUGGGAGUUUGAAGAGACAGGUGAGAGCUCAGAGCAGCGACCCCGGAGGUCCCGGCGGGGCGACAUCACACCAGCUUGCCAUGUCAAACACAACUGGGAGACAAUGAAGACGGCGGUGAACAACUACAUCGGCUCGUUGAACUGGGGCUACAGGGUGGCUCUGCGAGACAAGGACGUCAACUAUGUGAAUGCCUAUGCAGAGUUUGUUGAACCACACAAGAUCAAGGCCACAAACAAACGAGGGAAGGAGACGUUUUACACGGCGGCAAAGUUUAUCUUGGCCACAGGAGAGAGGCCGCGCUACCUGGGCAUCCCUGGAGACAAAGAAUACUGCAUCACCAGUGACGACCUCUUCUCAUUGUCUUACUGCCCGGGGAAGACCCUGGUGAUCGGGGCUUCGUACGUGGCUUUGGAGUGUGGAGGUUUUCUGGCCGGUCUCGGUCUCGACGUCACCGUCAUGGUCCGGUCCAUCCUGCUGAGGGGCUUCGACCAGGACAUGGCCAACCGUGCUGGGGAGCACAUGGAGGAGCACGGGGUCAAGUUCCUCCGGAAAUAUGUCCCUGUGAAGAUAGAGGAGCUGGAGGCCGGCACCCCUGGCAAGCUGAAAGUGACAGCCAAGUCCACAGAGACGGACGAGAUCAUCGAGGGAGAGUACAACACUGUGUUGAUAGCAGUGGGCCGAGACGCGUGCACGGACAAGAUUGGCCUGGACAAGGCAGGGGUGAAAGCCAACCCUAAGAAUGGAAAACUUCCAGUGAACGAUGAAGAGCAAACCAACGUGCCUCACAUCUACGCCAUUGGAGACAUCCUGGAGGGCAAGUGGGAGCUGACACCUGUAGCCAUCCAGGCUGGCAAGCUGCUGGCACGACGCCUCUACGCAGGCGCCAAAGUCAAGUGUGACUACAUCAACGUCCCCACCACUGUCUUCACCCCGCUGGAGUACGGCGCCUGUGGACUCUCAGAGGAGAGAGCCACUGAGCUCUACGGACUGGAAAACAUCGAGGUCUUCCACAGUCUCCUCUGGCCUCUGGAGUUCACCGUGCCCGGCAGGGACAACAACAAAUGCUACUCCAAGCUCAUCUGCAACAAACUGGACAGCAACCGAGUCAUUGGGUUCCACUAUCUGGGUCCAAAUGCUGGUGAAGUGACGCAGGGCUUUGGUGUUGCUAUGAAAUGCGGUGCCACCAAGGAGCAGCUGGACGGCACCAUCGGCAUCCAUCCGACCUGUGCUGAGAUCUUCACCACUCUGGACGUGACCAAGAGCUCCGGUGGAGACAUCGCCCAAGCCGGCUGCUGAGGUUAAACCCUGCUGGUUUAGUGGGCUGCUCUCAUAUUAGACUCACCCACCAUCUCCUCUCAGUCCGCCCUGUGGCUCAGCCUCACCUCCAGCCGCUCAGUUUACAUGGCAGUCAUAUCUCAGGACAAAAACCUAACACCAAAACCAGGCGUCUGAAUCAGUGCGAGCACUUAUUCAGGCUUGCUGUGAGCUGAGAGGAUGAGGAUGUGAGUCUCUGGGCUCUGGCUGAGGUAGUCUAAAUGUGAGGGCAGCCUGCUGAACAGCGGGGUUACUCUGCUGAUACUUCUCUGGGCUCCACCAGUCUCUACUUCUCAGAGGAGCACCAACACACACACACACUUCUGAUAAGUAUGUGAGUGUGUUUGGGCUGUUUGUGAUGUCCUAGCUCGUAACCUGAAACUAUAAGGUGGGCUAGGAUUGAUGUCCUUCUGUAGGAGCAGCUGAUGGUUCCUAAAACCCUUCGUCCAAAUCCCCGACUUCAAACACUUCUCAUCUCCCCCUCGAUACAAAGAGCAUAAAUGAAAUUGGCACUUGACUCGGGUCUGAACAGACCUGUGGUUCCUAACUCUGACUCAUGAUGGAAACCUCUUAUUGAAUCUGGUCUGUGUGUUUUAAAUUGUUGACAUCUCUUCUGUCUCGUCUCAUCAUUAAAAACAUUCCUCUUAGCAGGUCUUUCAGAUGACAUUAAGGUCUUCACUGCUCGUGGAUAUAUUCGUCUUUGCUUGUGUGGAGGGUUUGCUGCCUCUAAGACAACUCUAUUUAUAUCUCUCCUGAUGUUUAUCUGAACACGUCUGCAGAGCGCCGCAGUGCAGACACGCCUUUAAACCUGGACGUGCUGCAUCACCACACUGUUGGGUAGGAUCGAAUGAAAGAGAAAAACUACCUACGCUGAACUGAAUGUUGUUUAAAGAACAUUUUCAUAAGUUUUACUCAGAUAAUAAUUUAAUGCCUGUUUGUUUCAUCUCGUUGUUCGCCUCGACAUUAUGUGUUUGUAAAAGUAUAUUCAAUCUUUUUGAGGACAGUAUUCUGGCUGCUGUCAGUGCGUGACAUUGUUCAUCUGUAUAAAUGACUUGUCUGUUGCUGUCAAACCACUGUAGAAGACUUCUCUAUAAAAUUUAAUUAAAGAUGAAUUCACUUUCA